AUGGCUGCAAUAGACCUUUUAUUUGAGGAGGCUCCAUUUAUGGAGUCUCUUAGACAAUGGAUAGUACUCUUCUUGACUUUUAUUAUGAUCCUGCUUUUUGGUCUAGCUAUUGCUAGACUGUAUAAAACUCAAAGAAAACUUACAUUUGACUGCUUAGUCCUUGGUAUAGAAGCAUUAAAGGUUUUCUUAUUCUUUCUAUAUGACUUUGCAAAUGAUCAUCUUAUUAUGUUACUGAUAGUAUUCGUAUUCCAAUCUGCUAUUAGAGCUAUUGUAUGCGCUAACUUCUUCUAAAAAUCUCUGGUGAUCAUUAAGCGUGCCGACUGGAAACGCCCCUUCACAUUCAUUUACUCAGCUGUGAUCGCCUUUUCCUUAAUAGGCAUUUUAAUCCUAUCGAUGCAGUCUGACACUACUAUAAAUUGCACAACUGAUAUUUUUACAGCUCUAGACCUUGCCUAAUCUUUCCUUAUCAUUGUUUCUGCUAUUUUCAUCGUCAGAUACAUGCGUAAAAACAUGCUUGAACAGGCUAUUUCCUUCGCCACCCUUACACAUGAGAUGAAGAGAAUUCAAUGUUUAUAAAACUAGACCAAACUCCUAGCUGCUUGUUACAUGAGUUUUGGAAUAGUAGACUUUGUAAUGAUGAACUUGGGCAACUAUCUAUUCGAAAAAGAUCACGACUUCUACUGCUAUGAUGAGACCUAGAUAGAAGCAACAUCUAACGAGGGAGCUAUAUUUUUCUUUGUCUAUACCAUGCUGAUACAGUCCUUCUCUCUAAUGAUUUGGUUAGUUUUUUACAAGAUACCUGAUCACUAUGGACUGAUAUCCAAAGUUAAAGAGACUAUAAUGAUCUAAGCUAAUAGAGCUGGCUCUUAUGAAAAUGAAGCCUUGGUUGAUAAUAUUAUUCAAAUAGCUAGAGAUGAUGACAUGAUUGCAUAGAGCCCAUUGCUCUCAGAUGAAGGGAGACAGAAAAGACUAAGAUCAAAAUUCAAGAUCAAUGAAAGUACUCGCUAGAGUUUGAUAUCAAAUGAAAGUGAUCAUAGCGAUCAAAGCUACAACAAUAGUAAUUCUAAUUAUCAAAAGAUGCCUGAUGAUAUUCCAUAAUAUGAUGAUUAGCAGUAGCCCCUAUAUUCAAGACUAAGUAUUGGCAGUAAGAGAGCAAGCGUUAAUUCUGAUGUGUAUAACAGAAGAAAAAGAAAUAAAGGGAAUUUUUAAUCUUUCAAAUCAUGA